AAUUAGCCAUUUAAUUUGAACGUAAAAUAAAUAUAUUCCGUUCAUUCUCACGUUAUUGUUCGAUUUCCUUGUAAUUUCGUCGCUGUGUACCCGAGUUAGUAAGUCGGUAACAUUUCUUACUAACACAGCUGUUAAAAAUCUAUCGAAAUCAUCACAGUAUAAUUUAAAUCUGUAUCGCGAACUAAUUUGAUCUCUACGCCGAUAUGUUUAAAGCGUAUAAUUGGUUUCUUUGGCGAUGUUUUUUCUAAUAACAACCUCGUCGCUCGUCGUACGUGAUGCAUCGAGUUACUGCAACAAAAGCGAUUGAUUCGUCCUCGGGAUCAAAUGGGGCGAAUUUCGGCUGCACGAGGGGUGUGCGGGACGGGGCGCGGGGUGCGGCAACAAUGCGGCCGGGGUAUCGAUCCGCCCCCGCCCGACGUCGUCUGCCCGACGCACAGCCUACCAUACCGACUCCUAGCGGUCUAUGCAAACCUAAUACUUUGCUUUCGGAACAUAACCGAGGUAUGUGUUGAAUCCGAGGCGCGGAGUGCGCAUGCGCCGGAGCCCCGUGGGAACGAAGCGCGCUUCCUCGAAGUGCGGCGUGCGGCGCGCUCGACCACAGCGUUGGGUUACUGUCCACCGAGCGGCGACCGGUUCGAUAGUUUUUUACGGGGAAAUAGAACCAAGAACCAGUUACGGCUGCGAUAACAUGGAACUGAACCUAUUUUCGUGGUGUUCCAUACUUAGCCAUAAAAUCACUUUAUAACUUAUACAUUGCACGUAAUACAAUGGUGGAGAUUCUCAAUUUGAUUUUUUCUGUUACCCUCAGAAAAGUGUCGUUGUUCAUUGAUGUAUUUCAUUCGUUUUCAAGAUAACAUUAAUUUUGUCUCGAACUAUGGAACUGUUUGUUAUACAUUUAAAAUCAAUUUGUUUUAUAAAACCAUCGAUUUCUGUAGGUUUUGGUUUUAAAUAGAGUGCGUCGCUUUUUUGUUUGCAAAAGUGUGUUUUUGUUGCUUCUAUUUGAUAUCUUUGCAAUAACAAAAUAUAAUGGCCUAGACGCCUCAAAUAUAUAAUAAAAUUUUUCAAAAGUAUUUUAAGAUGUCGCGUUCUGAAGAUAAUCAUCAUCAUCGUAUCAGCCGUUAUCUGUCCACUGCUGAACAUAGGUCUCCCCCAUAGACUGUCAUAAGUAACUGUUCAGAGCCACUUGCAUCCACUAAUAUUAAUAUUAUUAAUAAAUGCCACACAAUCACACCAACUGCCUGAUCCUCAAGCUCCUCGUUCUAUGAGGAACCAAGUAACGAACAUCUGGAGGCAAACCAAAAACACUCAGACUCGAGCCAAAUCAGAAAAGUUUUUUUUUCUUAAUUGGCCCAACCGAGAAUCGAACUCAAAGAAAGAUCAACUAUAGAUGUAUUCAUUUACUACGAUUUCUCGUAUUCAAUAUUGCUCAACAGAUGAUGGUAAUUACAAAAUUUUAAUAGUGAAAAUUUUGCAAUCACGAAAGCUAAAAUACCAUCAAUCUCACGUAGGUGUGGCGACCAUUAAGUGAGACGAAUAAUGACCACUCAUUUAUAUUCUGUUGUCCCAUCCGACGGAAUCCCUCCACUCCAAUGUAUCACCGCAACAAAAUUCCAUCUCGGAAACUGGGUUACCUUGGAUGUAUAAAUUAUUCAUAUGACUUACUUCUAAGCAAGAGGCGUUGUCGGAAAAUUUUUAUCCUAAUACAAACAGCCGUUGAAUCGGGUUAUGCCACUGAAAAGCUUUUCGUUCGUUUAUAAACAGCAUCGGCUUACAAACGGUUAGCACUAGUAAAAUGAUACUAAAUGGUAUGUUGGUAGAAACACCCAGAAUGACAAGACAGACGACGAAAAGUGAUUCUCGUUUCGCUUCACACGAAUUGAAACACGGUGAUUUAAUGACCGCACGUUUUCCCCUUAAUAACGAAGAAUCGCAUGAAACUGCUGGUCUACCAUGAAAUGCAAUUCCGAAUUUUCGGAUUCAAUUUCGUAUUUUCAUUCAUACAGAAGUCGGUCCAGUAAAUGGACCUUUACAUUUUGUUCGUCAUAAAUUGUACCAUAGAAGUCCAAAGGAACGGUAUUUUGAACAUUUUCAAUUUUUUUAAACAGUAGGUAAUAUAUAAUUUUAACAUCAAACUUGUAUUUCGUUCGGACUCGAAAUUUCGGAAAACAUUUCAUGGUAGGCCUUCUGUUCACAACUUUGGGUUUGGUAAGUGUUUAUGUCGCUUUAAUAAUGGUUUUUAUAUUACAUUUACUUUUCUUACUCUAUUAUUCUUCUUUGAAUUUUUACUCUACCCUCAAAUAUAUAUAUUUAAUGUGUCCAAUAAAAUAAACAUCUUACCACCCGUAUCAAACAGCGAGGACAUAAUACCUGAACGAAUGCACCUCCAACUAUAAAAAAUGGUUUUUCGUAUUAUGCACGGACGUCAAAAAAAAUUCUAUUAGAAUUGAAAAUAUUUGGCAAGAGGAAAAAUAUUCCAUGGUUAUAUAAUUUUAUAUAUAUGUACGUACAUAAUUCAAAAGGAAUCGUCAUAAUCGAUCCACAAUUAGAGAAAAUAUUGCAUUAAAAACUAAAAUUAAUUAUAUAUAGUCUUGUUAAAAAAACUCAAAUUAUAAUUAGCAUGCUUAACAUUAUUUGAAUUUGCAACUGUUUAUGUAUUCCAUAAGAACUUUGUCAUUACCUAUUCAAAGCAAAUAUUCUUAUUAUAUACAAAUAAUCUAUACUUAUAACAAAUCUGUAGAGAGGUUAAUUCUGUACAUGAAAUAUAUUUUCAAAAUAACUAU